AUGGAGAGAAGUCAUGAAACGAUGAUGACCAGAAUCCCCACUUCAGAUCCUCACAAUACCACUUCAGAUAUAAUGGACUCCGUAUGGAAACUUUAUGACAACCCUUACUACUGUUGCUCACAGUCUCAACACCAACGCAAGUCUUUUAUUUGGGAUCUGAAUUUCAUAAGGGUCUUCAUGGAAUCUGAACUAGAGAAAGCUCGAGCCGAGAUCAAGGGGUUGAAGGCAGAGCUGGACUACGAGAGAAAAGCUCGAAGACGGGCAGAGAUGAUGAACACGAGGCUGUCCAAAGAUGUGGAUGAGGAGAGAAAGGGUAGAGAAGCUGAGGAGAUGCAAUACAAGCGGCUCUUAAAGGAGAGAUCAUCUGAGAAAGCAGAGAUGGUUAGGAUGAGACAAGAAGUUGAGGAAGAGAGACAGAUGCAUAGGUUGGCAGAUGUUUUGAGGGAAGAGAGAGUUCAGAUGAAGCUGUCGGAUGCAAGGCUUUUCUUGGAGGAGAAGCUAUCUGAGUUAGAGGAAUCUAACAAAGAAAGAGGCAAGGAGAGGAACAUGAUCAUGAAAGCAAAGAUACUGGAGAGAGCGAGUAGCACACCCGCAAGUAUGAGGUGUGAGAAUCCGCACAUAAAGAGAGGGAUCAAAGGGUUUGUGGAGUUCCCUAGAGUGAUGAGAGCAAUAAGAUCAAAAAGUGAGAAAUGGGGUUCGAAGAUCGAGUGCCAAAAGGUUCAGCUCAAGACUCUGCUCAGACAAAAGACCACUCCAAGAUGUGCUUCUAUUCACUCAUCUGCUUGA